UUUCACCGACCGUCAGAGAAAGCGGCCACUGCUGCUCUUUUAUAUAUAUAUAUAUAGAGAGAGAGAGAGAGAGAGAGAGCUGCAAUUGCAGGUUCAUCUCCACCAGAGGUAGUGUGUGAGGUAGAGAGAGAAAGGGAAACAUGGGAAGGAAGCUGAACGCUCUGUUGGGGAGGAACUUCAAGACUUCAAAGUUCAAAACCCUCCUCAAACUCACUGUGUCUCGCCUCGCCUUCCUUAAGAACCAGCGAAACAGCCGGUGCACCCACUCCCGCAACGAUGUCGCUGAGCUUCUCAAGCUCGGCCCCCUAGAAAGAGCUCUUCUUCGAGCCGACCAUGUUAUCAGGGAGCAGAAUAUGAUGGAUGUUUUUGAUCUGAUAGAGAGCUACUGCCAUCUCUUGACGGAAAGAGUCAUUCUGAUCGAAAAUGAAAAGUCAUGUCCUGAUGAACUGAAGGAAGCUAUCUCGAGCUUGAUUUUCGCAGCAUCAAGGUGUGGGGAACUGACUGAAUUAAAUGAAGUUCGCAUAAUUUUUGCUAUGAGGUAUGGGAAAGAUUUUGUGGCCUCUGCAGUGGACCUACGCAACAGUUGUGGGGUGAACCCAAAGAUGAUACAAAAGAUGUCAACGAAAUUGUCGAGUUUGGAAGCCAGGAUAAAAGUGGUGCAAGAGAUAGCUUUGGAGAAUGGUCUCAAUGUGAAUAUAGUAGAAGUUCCUCGUCAAAACACCAUGAUGCAGGAGGAAUUGGGAUAUAACCAUAGUCAGACUAAAGGAACAAGACCCAUGAGAGAGAACUUGAAUGAAGCAGCAUCUGUGGAUGCAGAUCUUGAUGAUCUCAAAUAUUCAGAAAUCGAUAACUCCUUUGAGGAAUCAAUGGAAGCAGGGAGGAAAUAUUCAGAUGUGGCUUCUGCAGCUCAAGCAGCUUUUGAGUCGGCUGCUUAUGCAGCAGCAGCUGCAAGAGCAGCUGUACAACUCGCAAAAAAUGAUUCAGAUUCAGAUAGUCCCAGUCCUAGAGGUAGAAAGGAGUUUGAUGGGAAACCAAGUGAGGGAUCCUCAAGAUCUAGACUUGGGCUCAAAGAACUUCACUCUAGGACUGGACUUCCAGAUGAUCUGGGCAAAAAUAUAUCAGAGCACAUUGAUAAUCAGGGCAUCAAACGGAGCUUUGAAAAGAUACACCCCACAGAAACUGAUAGUUCUGAAUCAGAUGAUGAAAUGCUUGAAGAGAGAAAAGAUCAUGAAGUAAAACUAGAAUUCUGCGAAUCACUACAUGGAGUACAUGGAGUACAUGGAGAAAAUUUGAAAUCGCCAUUAGGAAGAUCUUUGUCCUCUUCAAGUUCAGAUUCAGACGGAAUUGUAGAGAGAAAUGAGGAAGAGACCAAAGUUAAUGAGACCGAGCCUUUGGGAAAGGCCAUCGUCUUUGAUGAAAGUGAUCAUGAAAGUAAGAGUGGAGAAGGCUUCAACUCAUCAAACUUGAAGCACAGUGAAGUGGGUUUUUAUAGAAAUCCAGGUCCUGUGUUGAGCUUGUCUAAAGAACCCGAUAAUUGGUUACCAAGAGGGAGAGGUACUGAUGUUGAGACAAUUCGAGAUGCCGAGACAGCAGGAGUUAAGGUUCAGUCUUCUCACAAGAAGCGAAGCCCAAAAAGAUCACAGGCUUCGUCAUAUUCACCUCCCAAGGAACUGAAUCAAAAGGUUCACAUUGAGUUAAAAAAGGAGCCUAAACUAUAUGGAACAAAUGACACAUCUCAACUGGAAAAUGUGGGUGCGAGUUCUUCGAGCAAACUUCAGGGGCAGGGAUCAAGCCUAGAGAAGGAGACAGCUUCUGAUCUUCCUAAAAGAACACUCAGGCGUGGCUCCAAUUUUGUUUCUGUUAGAACUAGGCCGGGGACUAAGCAAUAGUAUAAAUAUAUUGAGGCAAAAAAGAAGAAAGCUUAAUGCAAGGUUGUAGUGUCCCAUAUUAUUAGUUAUCAGUCGUUUUCCUGUUUGCCCCGUAUGGGGGCCUUUCCUAGUAUUGAUCUUGUAAAGUUGAGGCUUGAAUGUGUAGUUGAUUGAGCACUGUUAUUGUAUAGGUGAGUAUGUAUUCUCUAAAUGAGCAGGCCUGCUUGUGAAAUAAAUUAUUUUUGCAAAAGCAUAUUGCAGUAUA